AUGGAUAAAGAAAAGGUAGAAGAAAUUCGUGAUCAAAUACAAGAUGGAUUUAAUCCAAUUUUAGUAGAAUAUUCAAUUUGGCUAGAAAUGAAUAAAUUUCAUAUAGAAUCAAACCAUUUAAAAGAACGAAUUCCACAAAGCAAUUUUUCAACAAUGUUAAAAGCUGAACUUAUUAAUAAAUGUAAAGAAAACCCUUCUACUAGAACUAAAAUUAAUCCAAUUAAUGUUUCUUUUAAAGAAGCAAUUAAAGAAGUUAAACAACAUCCUAUUGAAAAGAAAGAACCAAAACCAACAAAAACUAACAGAGGAAAAAAAGUGAGAAGAAAAGUCUCAGAAGAAGACGAAUACGAAGAAAAAAGAACUAAGAAAAGAAAACAUACUAAAGCAAGAUUACUUUGUGGAGAACGAAAUAGUACUGUUGUAUUUGAAUUUGAUACAAAAACCCAAUUCCCUGUUGUUUUUGGGAGAGGAAAAGAAGGGACACAUGAUGGUAGUUUCAUUUAUCUAAAUAAAUAUACAGAUGCUAAGUCUAUUUCUCAUAGGCAUGCAAUUAUUACAUACGACAAAGAAACUGACCAAUACUUAUUUACAAACGAAGGAAGAAAUGGAAGUGCUGUUGAUACUGGAUUGAUAUUACAAAAUACAGUUCCGUUAAAGAACAACUCAGUAAUAGAAAUGGGUGGGUUUAAGAUGACCUUUGUCUAUUAUAAUUAA